UAGAGCUGUGUAGUACUGGAUGACAGAAGGAUUUGGUUUUCCUGAUCUGGAAUUUGGGAUUAAGUGGCAGAAUAAAGUUUGGAAUUUGCGAAAUUCAGAAGACUGGAAUGUCAACAGCUCAGAUAGCACACUGUGGAAAGUGUUAAAGGGGACUGAGAGGACCUGCUGAAUACUGGAAGAAAGAAAUCUCAGCAGAGAGGUUGUAGGAGAUAAUGGCUUGACAUUGGAUGCUCAGAUCAUGAUGAGGUGCUUCCCCUGAGGUCAGACAGGAAAGACGAGUUCACCCGGACACGUCUCACAGGUCUUUGUGUGCCCAUGCGGUGGUCCAUGUUAGCUUUGCUGCUCCUGUUCUGCAGCCACAAUUUGGCACUGCGAGUGGGUGAUAUCUGCCCACAGGACAGCAACCAUGAGCAGACAGCUGACCCCACUCCCACAGUGGACCCCAAACUCUUUAACAAGAGGCGCUACCGCUCGCCUCGCGUGCUUUUCAGUGAACACCCCCCUGAUUCAGAGCCUGGAGAACACAACGGAUCAAAGGACAGGACAAAGAGACGGGCCGGACAGCCACAGAGUCGGGGUGUGUACUCAGUGUGCGAGAGUGUCAGCUUCUGGGUGGGUAAUAAGACAAAAGCAACAGACAUCUCAGGCAACGAGGUAACUGUGCUGCCUGACGUCAAUAUCAAUGAUGUCAAGAAAAAGCAGUACUUCUUUGAAACAGUGUGCAGUGGGGCUAGAACUGGGGGCUCUGGGUGUCUGGGGAUUGAUGUGCGCCACUGGAACUCAUACUGCACCAACUCCCACACAUUUGUGAGAGCAUUAACUUCUUUUAAGAACCUGGUGGCCUGGAGACUUAUUAGGAUCAAUGUAGCCUGUGUGUGUGUGCUCAGCCGCAAGUCGUGGAGACAAUGACAGUGUUUAAAAAAAAAAGAGGUCAAUGUAUGUUGAUGUCAUUAUACAGUAUGUGUGAUAUGACAACCCAAUAACAAAUAAAAACAUCAAAUAAAACCAAGAAUAAAAUAUUAUGUAUAAGGCAAUCAUUUGAGAUGCCUUAUUACUGCCAAUCAUUUUUGGCCUUAUAAGGGUCUAUAUCAAGCCAUAUGGUGAAAUCUGUAGCGAGCCAUUCAAGUAUCCUAUUAUUUUUCAUGAUGGACAUACUAGUUUAUUUGCUGACUACCGAGAACAGAGAACAAAAAAUGCUUAUGAUGACUGCAUGUGUUAUGCAUAUUUUGUUAUUUUGUUAUAUUUUUGUUAUUGCUAUUGUUAUUUAUUAAAUCUGGAUCAUUACUAUUUUUCAGUGU